AUGGACAGCGUAUUGGACCCUUUCUCAGCCCUUGACUCCUUUUCCUCCCCUCCUUAUUUCAACGAUGACGACUUUUUCACCGACCAGUCCUCGAGGGACGGAAACCUGGAUACAGACGACUUGUUAGACGAUGACGUGGAUUUCUUCAGCAGCCAUUUUCAAGAUUUUUACACCAGCAAGGAGAGCGGCAACAGAGCAGGCCAUCACGGCCCAGAGGGCGAAUAUGACAUAGGCAACCUGUCCUUUUCUUCUUCUUCGUCCACCUUCUCCUACAGCAUCCCAGACCUGUCCCCUCACGGUGGAGCCCUGUCGAAAAGACGGAGGAGAAUGAGGUCUGACACGGAGAUGCAGCAGCUGAGGCAGGCAGCAAACAUCAGGGAAAGGCGGAGGAUGCAGUCGAUUAAUGACGCGUUUGAGGGACUGCGCUCGCACAUCCCUACCCUACCCUACGAGAAGAGGCUCUCCAAAGUGGACACUCUGCGCUUGGCCAUCGGGUACAUCAACUUCCUCGCAGAACUGGUGCAGUCGGACCUGCCGAUCCGGAAUUCCACCAACGACAUGCACGUGCAGCCCAAGAAAGUCAUUAUCUGCCACAGGGGAACAAGGUCUCCCUCCCCGAGUGACCCCGACUUUGGUCUCCCUCCUCUGGCCGGUCACUCGCUAUCCUGGUCGGAUGAGAAGCAACUCCGGGACCAAAACAUCAUCCGCACAGCCAAGGUCUGGACCCCGGAGGACCCCCGGAAAGUGCACAUAAAACCGCUCCUCACAGAUAUAGAGAACGAACCCCCUUUCGACAUGGUGGCCUAAACUGACUUUCAACAAUAAUGGCCUAGACUGAGCAAACAUUAUAUAAGAAGGCCAGAGCACUAGUGGAUCGUGUAGAUGAUUCUGGUGAUGCAAUGUAAAAAAACAAAACAAAACAAAACUACUGUACAUUGUGAUAUUGUAAAUAUACUUGCUUUAUCGUUUUAAACGAAGCCACUGGCAAUCAUGUAUUUAAUUUAAUGUUGCUAAUAAUAUAUGUUGUAAUUUAAUUGCAAAGAAUGAGAUAUUUAUUUUUUCAUAAUGACGAUGAACUAUUUUUCUAUCCAAUCUACAAAUAAAUUAAGACAACAACGAAUCAGCAAAUGUUGUGUGGGAAUUGACGAGGGGGAAAAAAACAAUACGUCGGUUCUUAUAGCAUUGGUACAGACUUAAAGACGUAUCCUCAAUUUGUCUGAAAGGUCAUAGGAUGUUACAUAUAUGAGGAAAAGGGUUGGCAUUCAAGCAAAAUGCAGCAACGAAACACACUUGAAGUGGAUUUAAUGUUUGGCUGCGUUGCAAAGCGAAAAUGAGAACUGCAACCAUGACUGCAACUGGAAGUAUGAAUGGAAGUAAACUCGGAUGCGAGUGCGCGUAUGGAAAUGGGGAGCGAUUGUUGGCUGCAGCUGAAGGUGUUUCGCGUGCACGCGUAUGAGCGUGCAUGCAGCAACAUGGUGGGAGACUGUUGAAUGCAGCCUGCCAGGUGCUGCUCGGCCAGAUUUUCCUAACCUAACCCAAGUUAUGAGUCAAACUAAACUCCAUCACACUGCUAUGUGAAGCUGGUGGGCUGCAAUCUGAAAGCAAAUGACUGAGGGGAAACUUCCAAAACACUGAUGCUGACGCUAUGCAAUGGACAGCAAAUAGACUUCACGGGGUUGGUUUUCUCUAUCUUGUUGUGAUUCGAGUUCCAGGAUUUUAGUCACAUGUUUUUUUAAUGUGCCACAAAGCGUCUUUUACCUGCUUGCCAUACUUUGGAAUUUCCUUGGUGGUGGAAAUUGGCCGUCCUGAAACAGAUCAUCUGGCAGUUUCGGGAGCAUGUAAUCCGAUUACAGACAUUAGAAAGUCAGAUGUUAGCGAGUCAGAUGUUAGCGAGUCAAUGCUGGGCAAUUUCAGAAAUACUCGAGGCUAUUUUGUCGGUCCGGGAGAGGGUUUGGCAAAACCUUAAAGGGCAAUUUAAGCAUCUUGACAGGUUUUAUUUCCUUUAUGUACACGGGCCAUGCCAAGAGGCAAUUUGCUUCAGAAAAGACUUAAAAGUUGCACGCUUAUUCACAAAAAGGAGAAUGCAGCUCAUGCCUUGCAAGCAGAGGAUCAAUUGUGAACACACAUUUUUUAUGGGCUGCACAUGAAAAACACAACACACAAUUUUUAAAUACAGUAAUAUCCAUCAAUCUAUUUUCCAACCCGCUUAUUCUCAUAAGAGUCGUAUUUAAAUUUCUAAUUAAAAAAUAUAACUCACCUAAGGAGGUGUGCAUGUUUUUUUAAAUUUCUUAGCACAGGCAAAGCAACGAAGGAUAAAAACUUAUCACAUGACACAUUACAUUCAAAUUUAGGUCAUUUUGAAUCAAUCCUUUUACUGCCCCCAAUGUCAUUUCCAUCACAUCCAGAAAAUGGAAUAAAAACUGUGUAUGGGUUGAAAGUAACAUAAUAUCUGAUUACUAUAAUGGGCGUCGCCAGGCCACGGCCUCACCUGGGCCUCAUUCUAGCUAAUUAUGCCUUGCGUGUUGUUCAGUAUUGUUAGCAGCCAGUUGUUUGAGACUGCGGUCUGCGUCCAAGCAACUUCUAGUUAAGUGUUGUUUCUGUCUGCUAGUUUUCCGAUCCCCUUUUCAUGUUUUUGGACCUUGCCUUUGUUGGACUGCCUACCUGUGUAUGAACUCAGCCUGGAAUAAAACCAGCCUCGUCAUCAUGUCACUGCCUCGGAGUCCUGGAUCUGGGUCCAAGCCCUUGUUCCAUGUUAAUAAC